AUGAUAGUAAGUAAUACUAACAACACUGGUAACAAUGACUCAAUAUACUUAUACAACUUAACAUUAAGACAGCCAUCUCAUUACAUCAAUUCUUUAAUUGGCCAAUUCUUUGGAUUGAAGAAAUCACAAGAAUUGAUUGUUGCUUCAUCAACUCAUUUACAAUUAUUCAUCCCCAAUGGAGAAACAGGCAAGUUAGAACUUCAACUAUCACAACAAUUGUUUGGUGUCAUUAAUCAAAUAGAUAAGAUCCAAUUAUCAUCUUCAUCAUCACAAGAUACAGUAAAGGAUGGGAUUGUUAUCACUAGUGAUUCUGGUAAUUUGACAAUUAUGGAAUAUAAUAAACCAAAGAAUAAAUUCAUCCCCAUUAUUCAAGAACCAAUUGCCAAGAAUGGUUGGGGGAGAACGUAUCCCGGAGAAUUCCUUGCUAUUGAUCCUUCAAAUAGAUGUAUUCUAGUAGGUGCAAUUGAAAGAAAUAAAUUAGUAUUUAGAAUACAAAAGAAACAACAAGAUUUGGAAAUAAGUAGUCCAUUGGAAGCACAUUCAAAACAACAAUUAUGUUUAUAUGUGGUCGCAUUAGCUACCGAAUUUGAGAAUCCACAAUUUGGAGCUAUUGAGGUGAAUGAGAAUAAUGAUGUGAUUGUGAAUUAUUAUGAAUUUGAUCUUGGAUUGAAUCAUAUUAUUAAAAAAGUCCCCACGAAUUCAGAAGCACUUCCCCAAGAUAUGAAUCAUUUAAUUGCAUUGCCGGAAAAUAUAGGUGGGAUGUUGAUAUGUGGGAAAAAUUGGAUGGUUUAUGAUAAAUUGGGUUCUGAUAGAUUAUAUCUCCCAUUACCAAGACGAAGUCAGGGACAAGAUUCAAUAAUUGUGAAUUCGGUAAUACAUAAAUUGAAAAAGGAUAAGUUUUUCAUAUUGAUGCAAAACUCAUUGGGUGAUUUGUUUAAAGUUGUGGUAGAUUAUAAUAAAGAUAAAGAAAUUAUUAAUGAUAUUAUAAUAACUUAUUUUGAUACAAUUCCACCUUCGAUAAGUUUAAAUAUUUUCAAAAGUGGGUUCUUAUUCGCUAAUGUAUUGAACAAUGAUAAAUUAUUCUACCAAUUUGAAAAAUUGGGAGAUGACGAUGAUGAUCAAAUGAAAGUCAAGUCUUCAGAGUACCCAACUUUUGAAUCUGUUACAACCUGUUCUCCGCCACACUUCACCUUGCGAGCAUUAGAUAAUUUGGCAUUGAUAGAUAUCUUGGAUUCAUUAUCUCCAAUAACAGAUGCAAAAUUGAUUGAGAAAAAGCAUCAGGACAAACAACUAGUUACAUUAUCAUCUCAUUCUUAUAUUAAAACAAUUUUGCAUGGGAUACAAACUUCAACAAUCGUCGAAUCUCCAUUACCAUUUGUACCUACCGAUAUAUUCACUACAAAAUUAUCCCAAAAUUCAACUAACGACGAAUACUUAGUCAUAUCUUCUUCCCUAUCUUCCAAAACUCUUGUGCUUUCAAUUGGGGAAGUAGUAGAACAAGUGGAGGAUUCAAAAUUCAUAACCAACGAACUGACAAUCGCUGUACAACAACUAGGUAAAUCAUCGGUAGCACAAAUAUAUACCAAUGGGAUCCGACACAUUCGUCAUCUCCCCGAAAAGACACCCACCACCACCGAUUGGUUCCCACCGGCGGGUAUAUCAAUCCUCAAAGCCAGCACCAAUAAUCAACAAGUCAUAAUCGGCCUUUCGAAUUCCGAAAUUAUAUAUUUCGAAAUCGACCCCCUGGAUGAUCAAUUAAUAGAAUAUCAAGAUCGAAUCGAACUAUCAUCCCCUAUAACCUCCCUCGCCAUCCUUCCUGACCAACGAAGUUCAUUCGCGGUGAUUGGAUGUGCCGAUGAGACAAUACAAGUGAUAUCCCUCCAUUCUCACUCCUGUCUAGAAAUGAAAUCAAUGCAAGCAUUAUCAUCAACCAGUUCCUCCGUGGUCAUGUUGAACAACAAAAAGGGGAGUAUUUUGGUUCAUAUCGGGAUGGAAAAUGGAGUAUAUGUUCGGACUAAAUUAGAUCCCAUCUCGGGGAAAUUAUCCGACCUGAGGAUAAAAUAUCUCGGAUCAAGACCAGUCAUGCUCACGCCGAUACAAUUAACGGAGAAAUUGGGUGGGAUAUUGGCGAUUUCAUCUAAAGUUUGGAUAUCCUAUGCCUAUGGGGAUAUGGAUAAGAUAACCCCGUUAUUGGAUAUUGAAAUAUCGUGUGGAUCGUCGUUUGUGUCGGAAGAUAUUGGAGGAGAAGGGAUUGUUGGGAUUAGGGAUAAUAAUUUGAUUAUUUUCACGGUGGGGGGAGGUGGGAAUGAGGAAGAUAGUGGUGAUGGGUUUGAUCCGAGUCAGGAUAUGAGUGUUGAGAAGUUGAAGUUGAGAUAUGCCGCGAGGAAGAUUGUAUGUAUUGAGGGAGUUAUGUAUGUUGUUGAAUCGGAAUAUGGGGUGAAGGGUCCAUAUCUGAAAACAAAUUUGACUGAAAGUGUGGAGAAGAAGAAGAAGAAUGAUAAUGAUGGGGAAGAGGUUGAUCAAGAUUAUUUUGAUGCGUUUGGAUAUGAGCGGAGCGAAGGGUCUUGGGCAUCUUGUAUUCAAGUAAUUGAGAAUGAUGAAGUGAUACAAACUAUAGAAUUGGCAGAAUUUGAAGCUGCUAUAUCUAUGACAAACGUUACUUUCAAGAAUAGUAGUAAUCAAAAUUAUUUAAUUAUAGGUAUAACCACCCAUCAGAAAUUCUUACCGAACUCGCAUGACAAGUCUUACUUGUAUACAUUCAAGAUAAACAACAAGAAAAAGGACAAACAUCUACAAUUCCUCCAUAAGACCGAUCUAGACUUCAUCCCCACCGUCCUCCUCCCAUUCAACGACAAACUCCUAAUUGGAUCCAAUAAUCAUCUCCGUCUCUAUGAUCUCGGCCAAAAACAGCUCUUGAGAAAAUCAUCAACCCAAAUCGACUACCUAUCAAACAUAAUCAAACUUGAACAUCUCGGCAAUGAUCGAAUAAUUAUCGGAGACUCACAUACAAGUGCCUUCACUAUAGCGAAAUUUGACAACGGUGAAAAUCGAUUUAUCCCAUUUGUCGAUGAUAUUAUGAAACGACAACUCACGGCCAUGUGUUCAUUGGAUUACGAUACCGUGAUAGGUGGAGAUAAAUUUGGGAAUAUUUUCAUAUCUAGACUUGAUGGAGAUAUUUCUCGACAAUCGGAUGAUGAUUGGACAUUAUUGAAGAAUAUGGAUCCGAGUUUGAAUAGCGCUAGUUUCAAAUUAAAGAAUCUUGCUGAGUUUUAUGUCCAUGAUGUUCCGGUAGCAUUCCAACGGGGGUCAUUUAAUGUUGGUGGUCAGGAAUGUGUGGUGUAUUGUGGAUUGAUGGGGACUGUGGGGGUUCUUGUUCCACUUGUGUCAAAACUGGAGGUGGAAUUGUUGGAGAAGUUAGAAUUGGCGAUGCGGAAGGUGUUUGAUUAUAAUUUUGAUGAUUUUGAUAAAGAAAAUAUGGAAUAUAAUGCAUUGGGUAAAGAUCAUUUGAAGUUUAGGAGUUAUUAUAAUCCAGUUAGGAAUGUGAUUGAUGGAGAUUUGUUGGAGAGGUAUUUAGAAUUAUCUCCUGGGAUUAAGAUUAAGUUAGCAAGAGAAUUAUCAAGGGCUCCUAAUGAAAUUGAAAAGAAACUUAUAGAUAUUAGAAAUAGAUCAGCUUUCUAG